UCUUUCUUCCAUCCACCCUUCAUAAAUCCCCAUGAAUAGAAUACACCCACAUUACAUUCCCCAAAACCCUAAUCCCAAAAUCCCAAAAUGUCACUCACAUUCAAACCCCAGAUGAUCACACCCAUUUCACAUUUCAACAAAACCCACAAAAACCCUUCAAUUUCAACCACACCCAUUUACCAUUUCAACCAAUUAACCACCCCCCACAUUGUGUUCCGUUCAAGAAAGAUGACGCCACACGCCAAGAAGAUGACGUCACGCAUGAUGAUAAAAAGUUCAUUGAUUGAACCAGAUGGUGGGUUGCUUGUUAAUCUGGUGGUGCCAGAGGAUCAAAGGGGGGUGAAGGUUGCAGAAGCAGAGGGGAUGGUGAAAGUGGGGUUGAAAAAGAUAGAUUUGGAGUGGGUUCAUGUGGUUAGUGAAGGGUGGGCUAGUCCUUUGAAAGGGUUUAUGAGGGAAGAUGAGUAUUUGCAGAGCUUGCAUUUUAAUUCAAUGAGGGUUGGGGAUGGUGGGGUUGUGAACAUGUCAUUGCCUAUUGUGUUGGCUAUUGAUGAUGAGUGUAAAGAGAGAAUUGGUGGGGAUAGUGAUGUGGCUUUGGUUGGGCCUGAUGGUACUACAGUUGCUAUUCUAAGAAGCAUUGAGAUAUACAAGCAUAACAAAGAAGAACGAAUCGCCAGGACAUGGGGAACCAUUGCUCCCGGACUACCUUACGUCGAAGAAGCAAUAACGCCGGCUGGCGACUGGCUCAUCGGUGGAGAUUUAGAAGUAUUAUCUCCAAUCAAAUACAAUGACGGUCUUGAUAAUUACAGGCUUUCUCCCAAGCAACUUCGUGAAGAGUUUGACCGCAGACAAGCCGAUGCGGUUUUUGCUUUUCAGUUAAGAAACCCCGUGCAUAAUGGGCAUGCGUUGUUGAUGAAUGACACGCGUAAAAGACUGUUAGAUUUGGGUUACAAGAAUCCAAUUCUUUUGCUUCAUCCUUUAGGUGGAUACACAAAAGCCGAUGAUGUGCCGUUGGAUGUACGCAUGGAACAACAUAGCAAGGUCUUAGAAGAUGGAGUACUUGACCCCGAGACUACCAUCGUCUCUAUAUUUCCGUCACCAAUGCAUUACGCGGGUCCCACUGAAGUACAGUGGCACGCAAAGGCACGAAUAAAUGCUGGUGCUAAUUUCUACAUUGUGGGCCGCGAUCCAGCUGGAAUGGGUCAUCCUACUGAAAAACGUGACUUAUAUGAUCCCGAUCAUGGUAAAAAGGUGUUGAGCAUGGCCCCGGGGUUGGAGAAGUUGAAUAUUCUGCCAUUUAGGGUGGCAGCGUACGACACAGUAGCCAAGCAGAUGGCUUUUUUCGACCCUUCACGAGCUAAAGAUUUUCUUUUCAUCUCCGGGACCAAGAUGCGGACCUUUGCAAGAACUGGAGAGAGCCCACCAAAUGGUUUUAUGUGUCCGGGAGGAUGGGACGUUCUUGUCAAAUACUAUGCGAGUUUGCAAACCGAAGAAGCCAAGUCUGUGGCAGUUUCGACGUAGAAAAUUUUAGAUUUGACCCGAUUCUUGCUAUUGAUUAUGCUAAUUGAUUUGUUUUUUUUUUUUUUUUUAAGCUGAAACUUAUUUAAGUGAACACUCAAUUCUUGCUAUUGAUUUUGCUGAUUGAUUUGCAA